AGAAACGACCUUUAUAUUUGAUUAACAAACUAGCCAUUAAAAAUCAGAUAAUAUUAGAAGAGAAAAGUGGUUAUACUAAUAAUAAAGCAUCUGAUAAUAAAGCACCUGAUAAUGAAAUACCUGAUAAUAAAGCACCUGAUAAUGAAACAUCUGAUAAUAAAGCACCUAAUAAUAAAGUAUUUGAUAAUGAUGAAA